AUGGAGAAGUUGCAGAGCUUCGUGGAGGAGGGUCCCCUGGAUCUCUGUGCUGGCGUCGUCAUCCUGAUCAAUGCUGCGGUGCUGAUUGUGGAGCAGCAGCUACAGGGGUCGCGAGCCAGCCAUGCCAUUGACCGGGAAGCCACGUCGGGAACCUUCGUGCCUCCCAACAGAGACUACGAGAGUGCAUUUGACAUUUCCGAGUACUGUUUUUUGGUCUUCUACAUCUGCGAGAUGGCACUUCGAAUUGGGGUGCUGCGCAAGAGAUGGUUUUACACCGAAGAGGAGGGCUACAUGUGGGGCAACUACUUCGAUGUCCUGCUGGUCGGCUUCGGUCUGGUGGAUGCAGUGGUGAUUGCCAGCUACAGAGGAGAGCGCAACUCCAGUACGCAGCUAGUACGCCUCUUCCGAGUGACAAAAGUUGUGAAAACGAUGCGACUGGUGCGGGUAAUGCACUUGUUCAGCCAGCUGAGAAGUAUGGUGGACGUCUUUCGGGCCAGCUUGUCGGCUCUUUUCUGGUCGAUGGUGAUGCUAUUGGUUUGCAUGAUGAUCGCUUCAUUGAUCUUGUCCGAGGCAUGCUAUCAUUUUAUUGUGGACCCGCGGCAAAGCCGAGAUGUACGGGAAUCAUUGUUGAAAACUUAUGGAAGCUUCACUCGCGCCAUGUAUAGUUUUUUUGAGAUCACCUUUAGCGGUGGCUGGCCCGUCCUGAUACGACCAUUGGUGGACGACGUGAGUGUCCUGUUUGCCCUGCCAUGCCUGAUUUAUAUUGUGCUUGUGGUGUUCGCCGCCUUGCGCUUAAUCACAGCGCUCUUCGUUCGCUCUACUUUGCAUGCUCUUUCCAAUGAUGCUGGAGCUGCCGUCCUUGAGCGCCUUCAACUUUCUGCAGAGCUGCAGGCAAAGCUCACGCAUCUUUUUGAAGAUGCAGAUCUUGACAAUGACAAGACUCUUACCCUUGCUGAAUGGGAGAAGCAGCUGAGCCAUCCGGAGACCUGCUUGGGUGAUCAUGGUGAUCAUUCUGUUUCGGAAAUCUAA